UAAAUAUAGCACACACGAGCUCAGCUUCUCGACAAAGUCACUGCUCUGACAAUGCUGUGAAGGGAGCAGAAGAGGAGAAACCUAAUAUCAGAACCCAACACCUAGCAACAGUUGAAAAAACUUUUAAACAAAAGUCUGGGUGGGAGAUAUACAACAGCCUCCAAUUUCUGCUGAUCGGGAUUUCAGGGAGAAGAAGCUGCUUUCCCCUUCUCUCUACCCAGUUUCCUGCAUGACUUCAGCUAUUGGCUAGUCCUAGGAAAGAAAGUGGGAAAAGCUUUCUCCUCUGUAUUCUUUUGGGCUGGAUAGUUUUCCAGAACUCCAGUCUCUCUUGGGCUGUGGGGCAAGCCACUGGGUUCUUCCAAGGAUAAGCUACCUCCAUAAAGGACGUACCUUUGGUUAGACGAGCUGCCAGUCAGGUGGGAAUGAGAUCCCGAAACCAGGGUGGUGAAAGUUCAUCCAACGGGCAUGUCUCCUGCCCCAAGUCCUCCAUCAUCAGCAAUGCUGAUGAUAAACGUCUCUCGGAAGAUACAAAAAAGAACAAAUCAAAUAGAAAGGAGGAAGAUGUCAUGGCCUCAGGAACUGUCAAACGACACCUAAAACCAUCUGGAGAAAGUGAACGAAAGAAUAAGAAAUCCCUGGAGUUAUCCAAAGAAGACCUCAUCCAGCUGCUGAGUAUAAUGGAAGGGGAGCUGCAGGCCAGGGAAGAUGUGAUCCACAUGCUGAAGACGGAGAAAACCAAGCCUGAGGUUCUGGAGGCUCAUUACGGGUCUGCGGAGCCGGAGAAAGUGCUACGGGUCCUGCACCGAGACGCCAUCCUGGCCCAGGAGAAGUCCAUUGGAGAAGAUGUGUAUGAGAAACCCAUCUCAGAGCUGGACAGACUUGAGGAAAAACAGAAGGAAACCUACCGGCGCAUGCUAGAGCAGCUGCUGCUGGCCGAGAAGUGUCACCGGCGCACGGUGUACGAGCUGGAGAACGAGAAGCACAAGCACACAGACUACAUGAACAAGAGCGACGACUUCACCAACCUGCUGGAGCAGGAGCGGGAGAGGUUGAAAAAACUCCUUGAACAAGAAAAGGCUUACCAAGCCCGCAAAGAAAAGGAAAAUGCUAAGCGGCUCAACAAACUGAGAGAUGAGCUUGUGAAACUCAAGUCCUUCGCACUCAUGCUGGUGGAUGAAAGGCAGAUGCAUAUCGAGCAACUUGGCCUGCAGAGCCAGAAAGUACAGGACCUGACUCAGAAACUGAGGGAAGAGGAAGAAAAGCUCAAAGCCAUCACUUCUAAAUCCAAAGAAGACAGGCAGAAAUUGCUCAAGUUGGAAGUGGAUUUUGAACACAAGGCUUCGAGGUUUUCCCAGGAGCAUGAAGAGAUGAACGCUAAGUUGGCCAAUCAAGAGUCUCACAACAGGCAGCUCAGACUCAAGCUGGUUGGCUUGACUCAAAGAAUUGAGGAGCUGGAAGAGACCAACAAAAAUCUUCAAAAGGCAGAAGUAGAACUUCAGGAACUAAGAGAUAAAAUUGCCAAAGGGGAAUGUGGCAACUCCAGCCUCAUGGCAGAAGUGGAAAAGCUUCGGAAGCGCGUACUUGAGAUGGAGGGUAAAGAUGAGGAGAUUACGAAAACCGAAUCCCAGUGCAGGGAACUGAGGAAGAAGCUGCAGGAGGAAGAACACCAUAGCCGGGAGCUCAAACUUGAAGUUGAGAAGUUACAGAUGAGAAUGUCUGAACUGGAGAAAUUGGAGGAAGCAUUUAGCAAGAGUAAGUCGGAGUGCACCCAGCUGCAUUUCAAUCUGGAGAAAGAAAAGAACUUAACCAAGGACCUGCUCAAUGAAUUGGAGGUAGUCAAGAGUCGGGUUAAAGAACUGGAAUGUUCUGAAAGUCGAUUGGAAAAGGCUGAAUUAAGCCUAAAAGACGAUCUCACAAAGUUGAAGUCCUUUACCGUGAUGCUGGUUGAUGAAAGGAAAAAUAUGAUGGAAAAAAUAAAGCAAGAAGAGAGAAAAGUGGAUGGACUCAAUAAAAAUUUUAAGGUGGAACAAGGCAAGGUUAUGGAUGUAACGGAAAAACUCAUCGAAGAAAGUAAGAAGCUUUUAAAACUGAAAUCUGAAAUGGAGGAAAAGGUAUACAGUUUGACCAAAGAGAGAGAUGAGUUAAUAGGCAAACUGAAAAGUGAAGAAGAAAAAUCCUCUGAAUUAAGCUGCAGUGUUGACUUACUAAAGAAGAGACUUGAUGGGAUAGAGGAAGUGGAGCGAGAAAUAACAAGAGGAAGGUGUCGAAAAGGACCUGAGCUCACCUGCCCAGAAGAUAACAAAAUUAAGGAGCUAACACUUGAAAUUGAGAGACUGAAGAAACGUCUCCAACAACUGGAGGUGGUGGAAGGGGAUUUGAUGAAGACGGAAGAUGAGUACGACCAGCUAGAGCAGAAAUUUAGAAGCGAGCAGGAUAAGGCCAACUUCCUCUCUCAACAACUGGAGGAGAUAAAACACCAAAUCGCCAAGAAUAAAGCAAUAGAGAAAGGUGAGGCGGUGAGCCAGGAAGCCGAGCUGAGACACAGAUUUCGGUUGGAAGAAGCUAAAAGUCGAGACUUAAAAGCAGAAGUCCAAGCCCUGAAAGAGAAGAUUCAUGAACUGAUGAACAAAGAAGAUCAGCUUUCUCAGCUCCAAGUGGAUUAUUCUGUCCUUCAACAAAGAUUUAUGGAAGAAGAAAAUAAGAACAAGAACAUGGGGCAGGAGGUCCUCCAUCUGACCAAAGAGUUGGAGCUGUCCAAGCGGUACAGUCGCGCUCUCCGGCCCAGCGUGAACGGCAGGAGGAUGGUGGACGUCCCCGUGACGUCCACUGGCGUCCAGACGGAUGCUUUCGGCAGCGAGGCGGCGGAGGAGGACACGCCAGCGGUGUUUAUACGCAAAUCCUUUCAAGAAGAAAACCAUAUCAUGAGUAACCUUCGACAGGUGGGACUGAAGAAACCUAUGGAACGUUCCUCUGUCCUAGACAGGUAUCCGCCCGCGGCCAACGAGCUCACCAUGAGGAAGUCUUGGAUUCCAUGGAUGAGGAAAAGGGAGAAUGGGCCCCCGGUGACUCACGAGAAGGGGCCUCGAGCCGGUUCCGGCCCGGGGCACCCAGGAGAGCUGGUUCUUUCGCCCAAGCAGGGCCAGCCGCUGCACAUUCGAGUGACGCCCGACCACGAGAACAGCACUGCCACGUUGGAGAUUACGAGCCCCACGGCGGAAGAAUUUUUUUCCAGUACCACCGUCAUUCCCACCCUAGGGAAUCAGAAACCGAGGAUAACCAUUAUCCCAUCACCAAACGUCAUGUCUCAGAAACAGAAAAGCGGAGACGCUGCUCUCAGCGCGGAGCGAGCCAUGUCCCCGGUCACAAUUACUACCUUCUCCAGGGAGAAGACGCCAGAAAGCGGAAGAGGGCCGUUUGCGGACAGGCCCACGUCUCCCAUUCAGAUCAUGACCGUGUCCACAUCGGCGGCCCCGGCGGACAUCGCUGUCCCUCCCGAAUCCCAGGAAAUGCCCGUGGGAAGGACUGUCCUCAAGGUCACGCCAGAGAAGCAGACUGUGCCAGCCCCGGUCCGGAAGUACAACUCCAAUGCCAACAUCAUAACCACGGAAGACAAUAAAAUUCACAUUCACUUAGGUUCGCAGUUUAAGCGAGCCCCUGGGACUUCAGCUGAAGGAGCAAGCCCGGUGAUUACUGUCCGACCCGUCAGCGUGACCGCGGAGAAGGAGGUGUCCACCGGCACAGUCCUUCGCUCGCCCAGGAACCACCUCUCGUCUCGCCCUGGCGCGAGCAAGGUGACCAGCACCAUCACCAUUACGCCGGUCACGACCUCAUCGGCCAGAGGCACCCAGUCAGUGUCGGGACAAGACGGGUCAUCCCAGCGGCCUACACCCACCCGCAUUCCUAUGUCAAAAGGUAUGAAAGCAGGAAAGCCAGUAGUGGCAGCCCCAGGAGCAGGAAAUCUGACCAAAUUCGAGCCUCGAGCUGAGACUCAGUCUAUGAAAAUAGAGCUGAAGAAAUCUGCAGCCGGCAGCGCUACCUCUCCUGGAGGGGGGAAGGGCUGAGGGCAGUGGCGGAGGGGAAAGCAUCAUCAUACACCAGUUACGUAUGAACUCCAGAUGAAAUGGUAAACCGAGCACACACUGGGUGUGUGUACGUCUUCUGAAUCCCUGUUGAAUGGAUAGUAUUUCUCCAGCUCUCCACCAUCACUAAGGUCCUCUAUGCUACUGAUCAUGACUGGAAAUAAUUUUCUACUUCCAGUGAAUUUUUUUGAGGAUACAAAUGUAAAAACUGAACAUGGUGUUGCUGACAAAAUAAAAAUACGUAGCAUGAGAGCAAUUCAAUCUUUAUGUCAAAAUAAAUUUCUCUUCCUUUGGCAAAGCUUUCAGGUCCAUGGGCACAUGCUGUGUAAUUUAUUUUUAUAAUACACUUUGUAAUGUGAUUUUUUACUAAAGUGUUUCCUUUUUCAUAGUCCAUGGCACAUGUAUCUGUAGAAUACACUGUCAGUUCUUCAAAGCAUUGGUAUUGGUGCAUUCAAAAUGGUAACCUAUACUUAUUUUCUUUCAUCAAUUUGUUAUUUCUGAAAAAAAAAAAAGAAAGUACAACACUCUACAUAUUUCCUGGGGUAAAUUCAAGAGGCAAAUGCAAAGCAGGAGAUUCUGGAAGAGGUGUUAUUAUUGUUUGUACAAUGCUGUGGUUCUGAUCAUGGUUCAACACUAACAAAUAACACUGACUUAAGAGCUUAAUUUUAAAUACUUAAGCCAGUUUUUAAAGUUGCUCUUUCUAGUGUUCUGUGCCCAAAACCCUGGAUGAAUUGGUUUUCAUACGGAACAAAUUAAUAGAAGGAGCUGUAUGAGUUUAACCAGUAAGACUUACAGGAACACCUGCUACUGACAGUUCAAUUAUAUUUCUGUUUGCAUUGUUUACUUAUAUGUACAGGACUUAUAAUAAGGACUGUGAUAUCAGGAUAUUUCUCACAAUCUACCCAAAUGAAAGCCUGAAAAUAAAAACUGACCUAGAUGCUAUCAGCAUCUUUUUAAAAUAUGGUAGGAGAAAUCCCAAGAUAGAUAACUUUUUUUUUCUUGAUAGGUAGGAUUUGGACAGGUUUUCAUAACCACAUAUAGGUUAGAGAAUAUAUUCUUUAAAGAUUCAAAGCAAACAUACAUUACUCAAAUCUCAGUGUCAGACCUGCUGUUGAAUUUAGGUUUAUGUGAAAAUAUGCAUCAGAAAUCUACUUGAAACCCUAAUGGUAUAGGUUUUUAAAAAAAAAGACUUUGUUAAUAUGGACAUGUUUUCAAUAAGGUCUUUAAAAAGAUAACUGAAAGAUAACUGAAGAGUUGACACAUUUUCUAGGUGCAGAAAUCAUGUCUCAUGUCACUUUACUGAGAUUAAAGAAAGAAUGCUUCUGAGUGUCACAAGGAUAACUAGAAAGCACACAAGUAAUACUAUUGGCCCAUUUCUCCAGUCCACGGCUUUAUCCAGGCUCCUAAGGCCACAGAGGGAAAUCCACACUGAAUCUCUGGAACAGAAAUAUUAGGUUUUAAGGUAUACCUUGUGGAAUUAGCAAAUCAUAUUCAGUAGCUAUUAUAAAUUAAAUAACUAUAUUUUAUGUAAAAUUAGUUUUGAUUUUUGUAAGUAAAAGAAAUGCUACAGUAGGUUUGUCCUAGCAUGAAUGAUUGUGAAUGCAUCACAGACCUGCAAGGCUUUCAUUACUGAUUAAGAAAACUAGAGUGUGUAUGUGUGAAGAUUUUAAAAAUUGUUAUGGCUUUUGAUUUCUGAAAAUGUUUCUGAAUUGUAAAGACAAUUUCAAUGAGAAAAGGGUUUUAUUUAGUAUUGUUGUAUUUUUUGAUUCACAGUUAAGUUCCCUAUUUGCCAAUGCUUAUACUUCUUAUGGCAAAAAUAUUCUGAUCUAUCACAAACUAGCGUCUGAAGCAAAUAACUGUCUGAACAUGUGGGAAUUUUAUUACACUAAGAGUGAACAGGCUAGAGGAUAAAGCUUUAAAUACUUCUUGACUUUAAUUUAAAAUAUUACAAAAAAUUUAUAUAUAUUUGGACCGAAAGUUUUUAUUCCUCCUGCAUUUAUAAUGAAAUUUGGUACUUGCAAAGCAGAGUGAGGGUGAUGGUGUGAUCCAAGUCAUUCAGAUGGAUACAGAGCUCUUUUCUGCCUCUGCUAUGGUUAAAUCCUUUCUUUAAACUCUAAUGGAAUCUGAGUGACAGAUGAGUAAAAUUAACCUAAAUUAAUAAAAAAAAAGUCUUGAAAUAAAAUAAUAGAAUAUUAAAAAUUAACAGAAAAUAGAAAACACCAAAUAGUCAUAUCCUUAUCUAAUGAAUAAACAAACAAGAUCAUAAAUAGUCAUAUUCCAAUAUCAACAUCCAAUUGAAAAAAUUGCCCCCCAUGUGCAAUCCUGGCAUCAUCCCAGACUCACAUAAUUUCUAUAUUUUUUAUCAUAAGCAAAUCUCCAAUCAUCAGUAUGAAUGAGAAUCAGUUUUGAAUGGAAUAAUUAGGUUUUCUGAAAUAUAGUCAUAAUCAGUGUUCCCAGGUUAAGGCAUAUAAUUGAACUAAUCCAUUAUGUUGCCCUUUUCUUCUUGAUAGGAGAAUGUUUUUUGAGGGUAUCUUCUACAAAGAUUUUUUUUCAAGUAUGUCAUAAAAUAUUAGGGUUUGAUGAAGUUAGUGGUAGAGGAAAUAUUCCAGAUAUUAGAUGCCUGGAAUGGUCACAAAACGUGCAGAAUGAACUGCAUCUUAGGACCACCAUUUGAAAAAAAAUCAUGGUGUGGAAUAUCUAGCUUAAACAUUAACAGAGACACCAACACUAUUGAAAUAAUUCACAGCUUCUAAAAACCAGUGCGAGGACUAAAUGGUGUAUCAGACAAUGCAUUUAAUGUGUCUGUGCCUUUUCUAUUUAUACUGUGGUUGAAUUUUCCUGGAAAUAAAUAAAAAACAUAGCAAAAGUAGGGUGUGUUCAUGAAUUUGAUGAGCAACAAUUCUAAAAACAACAAAAAUGCAAGAUGAAAGUUUAAAAAAAACCAUAUCUGGCAUCUGAGGCCUAUACGCCCCUCCAGACUCCAGUGUUUACGCCUCUGCUAAAAAUACUAAUUAGAAGGCAAAAAGGAAAAAUGACAAAAAUUGUUGUAACAAAUUCAUAAAAAUUGGGAGAGUUUCAUGGAAUUAAUUUUGCUUAGUGACCACUAAAAUUUUAUUUUCUUAAAUUUUCAGCAUUUACUCCAUAACUAAAUGAUGAAAACUCUGUUUGUUACUUAGGGAAAAUGCCGUAGAUUCAUAAAUUUACACAGAAAUGUUUAUAGGUGCCAUGACUUGAUUCAUUUAUUUUCUGGUGUUGUUUUCUUUUUGUUUGUUUAUGUUAUUUGGGUAAUUUUACCUCACCAUUCACAGAUUUUGUUAUUUUAACAAUUCAGAUCUGUAUUUAUUUAGAUUUUGCUUUAAAAAUAUCAGAUGUUAGCUCUUCCAGUAUAAGAGACUUACAAUGUGAUCAGGUAUUCUUAGAAGUCUUGCAAGGUUUAAUGGAUUUUCAAAAGCAAAAGAUUGCAUUGAAAAAUUUUGGAGCUACAUUCUAUUUUCACAGCAUUCUCAAUUUUGUUUCCUUUAAGUUUUAUUAAAUCCAUGAGAAGUUUAUUAUUUUUCACUACAGCCGAGUGAAUUUAUGGAUAUGUACUUGUUUUUUCUAUGAAUGUAAUAUCCUACUUUCAGUUCUUCACAGGCUAUUGAAAUUAUAUAACCAAUUAAGACAUCCUCUGUGUUAUUUCCAAAGCCAACUAUGUUUAUCAAAAUCUCACCAGAGUGAGAAAAAUAACAAUUGUGAUAUGAAAGCAUUGUGCAAUAUUCUUUUUUGAGUUGGAACAUAAUAUUCAUCAAAUUAAAAUCAUUUAAAAUGA